AUAACUGAACUACUGAAGCAUCACAGUCCAGUCUAAUUAUUAAUAUUUGAUUAGAUGAAUCAAUUAGCUGAAUUAGUGGUUAAUCAAUAAGCAUUCCUAAAUAUUCAUUAAAAACCGUAAUUAUCAGUACUUUGAAAUUCUUCAACUGAAAAACUAAUAAAGGAAAACCAUUCCUCUUCUCACAAUAAACCAUCGACCUCUCAUCUCCCAACACCCCCUUAUAUAAGCCAACCUGACUGCAAUCCUUUUACCAUCACCAAUCUCACAAAAUCAACUUCAGCAUGGGCAUCAAAAGCAGCGUUUUCGUUCUUUUAACAGUUGCAUUAUUCCUGAUGCUGAAUGCAACAUCAGCAAGAGACUUCCCUCUUGCUGCUGUCAAUCCAAAAAUCAUAGACCUCGCAGCAAGAUUACAACUAAGUGCUGACGGUACUAAUACUACUGAUUGUUGGGGUUCCCUGUCAGAGCUCAGAACAUGCUCAAAUGAGAUCAUCGGCUUCUUCCUCAAUGGAUACACCGACAUCGAUGCCCCAUGCUGCCAAGCCAUUGAAGUCAUCAUCAACCAUUGCUGGCCUUCAAUGCUUGGUGUUCUCGGGUUUACUACUGAAGAAGGCAACUUGCUAGCAGCCUACUGCAGCAACAACUCUACUGCAGGCACUGUAACACCUGCUGGUGCACCACCUGUAACUAAAAAUACUACUGGCAGUCACUUUUAGUCUCCCACUUCUUGCUGUAAUUUCCUGUUUUUUGUCUGGAGCCUUUCAUUUCUGUUAGUUUUUUUUUUUUUUUUUUCUUUUUCUUUUGGUAAGAUCCAUGUUACUUCAAUCAGAUGUUUAAGUAUGAGCAACACUAGCUCUAAAUAAAACAGACUGUCAGACUACUUGUUUUGAUACUCCUUAUUUUACAAGAACUUCAACACCCCCAACCCCAAUUUCUAAGUACAUUUAUAUAAUUAUUGCAACCCAAAGUUUCAGUACUACUUCAGAGGAUGACAUCAGGGAUCUGACCUUUCUAACACUUUAUCAGCUUUGGAUUACAACAAAAAUCUGCAUCUUACAAGUUGCAGGGUAGUCGAAUCUCAAAAACUAAAUAUGUCAACAAAUUUGCUUACAAACUGAGAAAUGCAAUAUGAAAUAUCCAUAUAACUACCAUGAUGAUUCAUAUAACUCUAAAGCAAAGCAUAAUGAUUUUGAGUAAACAAUGGAUCAAUAGGGGAAGAGAGAAAGAAAAAAAAAAGAUUUUAACUUCAAAUUCAUACCCUAGGAAUUAGGAAGCACACAAACUAAAGAAAUAGACCAAUAAUGUACUUUGAAAUCUAAUGUUAGAAC